AUGAACAGCGACGAAAUGGACGACGAUAACAUCUGGCUCGACGACCCCAAAGCUCUGGAAGACACUGAGUGGUCCAAAUUGUCGUCUGAUUUCACCAAUGCAGGAUACCGCGAGGGUAUCACCGCGGGAAAGGAGUCCGCUCUGCAGCAAGGUUUUGACGAAGGAUUUGCGGAAGUUGGAGCACCCCUUGGACGGGAGCUAGGGAGCUUGCGCGGGCUAGCAUCAGCGCUGCUGGCUUUCCUUACAAGCAACUCGCAAGAGCGUCCGGACGACCUAACGGAACUGCAAGAGAUGGUGUCUCAGCUGGGGAGUGUACGUUUCUCUGACAUCGUCCCGCUGGAUCUAGAGGCAGAGCGUCAUGCGCGCGAACAUCUGGACAUGGAUGGAGAAGACGAGGGCGAGCUUGAUCUCGAGCUCAACGAGGAGUUGAAGGAUAAGCGAGAUAUUGAGAGGCUUGAGGAUAUGAUGGCGCAGGUCAGCGCUGGGGCUGCACGACCGACCAGGGAAGAUGUGCAGCGCCUGAAGGAGCAGUUGAGGAACUUGUGCGAUGAGCUCGGAAUUCCAGUGCAAUGGAGUUGA